AUGUCCUCUAAGCCGGAAUCGGAUUAUGCGCAUUUUGAGCAGCUGCUUCGAGAAGCAGACGAGCGAGUAGAGCAGGAGCGAAGACGUGCGGAGGACGAGCAGCGCAAACGACAAGAAGCCGAGUCGCGAGCUGAGAUCGAGGAAAAGAAGACAAGACCCACAACAUUCGAAGAAUACAUACGUGCCUGCCAUACACUUCUCUCGAAACCACUUCGUAUUCAGACAGACAAGAGCCUCAGCACACAGGGCUCCAUCACCAGCUCCAAGAACAAGCCCUGCCCUACCUUGUUGAAACCUUGGACAGAUUUUCCAGUCCUGCAGCAGCAGCUUUUCGGAAGAAUUUACGAAUACAUCCCACAAGACGCAGCACUUUUCAGCUCAACCCAAUACCUUACAGAGCUCGGGCAAGACAUUUGCGACCGGCCACUAGCAAGUGAAAAGGAUUUGGAGGCAUAUCAGCGCUCAGCCGUUGAGCGACCGACAACGCACAUCAUCUCCCACCUUCAGCAGAUAGAAGAGGCUCGCCGUGAGUUCAACUUGGGCGGUAGCAUCAUUUUCGAGAACCAUGCCAACACCCUCAGUGAUAGCAACGAAGAAGUUCAGCAAAGUCUGCAUAAUCUCCGCAUUUCAGGCAAAGGACAAGCCUCAAGCUCGAAUCCAAAACCGCGAAACGCUGAUCAGAUUUGUGUAUACAGGGAGGCAGAUGGCACACGGAGCCUGUCUAUGAUCGUGGAAUAUAAACCGUCUCACAAGCUAUCGGUCUUCAAUCUGCGGGCUGGACUUUUGCGAGCUGACAAAGGAUCUAUGAACAUUCCGGAGGAUGUCAUCAAUCGGAUCACAAUACCCACCGAUCCAGAGGACAAGUUUGUGUACCACUCUGAGUGGUUGACGGCAGCAGCUCUCACGCAGACGUAUACUUAUAUGAUUGAGAACGGCCUCGAGUACAGCAAAUUGGUUACAGGAGAAGCCGAUGUUUUCCUUCAGCUCAAGGAAGAUGAGCCACAUACGCUUUAUUAUCACCUCGGUGAACCCAACAUCGAAGCCGAAGCCCAAGACGGAGCUGAUAUCUUGUUGUGUCGUACCGCAGUCAGCCAGACCUUAACCUUCUGCUUGAUGGCACUGGACUCGAAGCCUCGCAGCCAGAAAUGGCGAAAUCACGCGCUGGAGACUGCCUACAAGGCAGUGAUCGAUCACGAAGCAAUCUUACGACAGAUACCCCCUGAGGAGAAGACCUUGACUCCUCCGCCCUCGGUAUUUCAUGCCCGGAUCCAUCCUUUCAAGCGAUCGCCAAUUAUAUUGAGACCCAGAAAGUCACGGAAGGCAAGGAAUAGCUGUGGCUCUGUAGACAUACUUUUGCACGAAGAUCCACAGAGUCCGUCUAGCUCAUCGGAUGAGACCUCUGAUGUUGAAACGCCAAGCAAGUCCAGGGCUCGUACGAACCAGUCUGGUACUGGACAAAUACACUCCAUCAAUUCAUCACAAACGGCUGAAGAUCGCGACGUUCGCCACCGACAAUACUGCACACAUGCUUGCUUGCUAGGGCUUGUUCGAAAACAUCCAUUGGACGAUGCUUGUCCAAAUGUCAACGUACAUCGUGCUCAUGGAGCUGGCAUUUACCAUGCUUUGGGCCGGAAGUCCCUUGCGAAACAAAUGUUACGUCAGCUCGCCCAGGACCCCGAUAGUGGAUGCGAACCACUUGGAAAACAAGGGACCCGUGGUGCUCUGUUCAGAUUGACUCUGGAAUCGCAUGGAUAUACGUUCGUUGCAAAAGGGACUGUGGUAGCAUUCAAAGCAAAGUUAAAGCACGAAGGCUUAGUCUACCGGCACUGCGAAGCUCAAGGAAAGUUUGCACCAGUAUCAGUUUACCUUGGGAAUAUCUCUCUCGGUCGCCCUUACUUUCUAGAUUUUGGAGUUAGAAUAGUUCACAUGUUGCUCAUGUCAUGGGGAGGCGAGCAAGCACGCAAGGAUUUGAUGUUGGCCAUAGGACGGGAUUUGGCUGCGGAAACGAGCAGGGCGGUUGCAGAGCUGUUGAAUUGCGGAGUGGAGCAUCGUGAUGUACGGGCACCGAACGUGCUAUGGAAUCCCGGGACCAGAAAUGUGGUGCUGGUGGAUUUUGAGCGAUCGGAGAUUUUGAAGCGGGUGUCAGUUCUUCAGGAGACGUCGCCGAACAGGAAGCGGAGGCACCUCUACUUUGACCCUGAUGAUAUAUCCUCCCCCCUUGCCUCGCGGUCGUUCACCAGCCCACAUCCACUUGCAUGCUGGCCUGGAAAAGCCUGUAUUGCGACCAUCGCGCAGCAACUACUUACAUCUCCCGACACGAGCAGGCUUCCUGAAAUGUCUGAGGAGGAGGUCCAAUUGAUUCCUUGGACAACUACACCAUCGAAACCCUGGGGGCUCGAAGUUGCCAAAAGAGUUGGGGAUGCAGAGGUGGAAGAUAUUUGA